UCGUCAUUUCCUGUCUGGCCGAGGCGGCAGCAGCAUCAACAGCCACACGGCUACAACCAAGCAAACAUGUCAGAGAAAAAGAAUACGGUAGACUUGGGUCUCCUGGAGGAGGACGACGAGUUUGAGGAGUUCCCAGCUGAAGACUGGACGGGCCUGGAUGAAGACGAGGAUGCCCAUGUUUGGGAGGACAACUGGGACGACGACAACGUCGAGGAUGACUUCUCAAAUCAGCUCAGAACCGAGCUGGAAAAACAUGGUUACAAGAUGGAGACGUCAUAGUGACUGACAGGCCUGUCACUGUUUGAUAUGGACAUUCAUAUUGGAAAUCUAGUGGACAUCACACAUCCUGUGUGUACUUUUUUCCAAAGUGAACCUUUUUUCUGUAUUUGUGUCUAAAAUGUAAAUCUUAGUAAAUAAUUUGGAGGAAAAAUGUC